UUGCAGGUGGCGGCCAGUGAUCAGCCUGCUGAAUGGAGGUCUCUCGCGGGGAUCCCAGGGCUAGGAUUGCAGACCAACCUGUAUGUGUGUGGCUACGGCCGCCGCGGGUUUGGGGUCCUGAGCCCCUGACUGCAUGUCCCCCGCUGGAGGGGUGAUGCCGGGUCCGUGCGGCGGGUCUGUGGUGCGAUGGGCCAGCUGCUUCUGCAAUGACUGCCAGACAAACCUUGUCAUGAGCCCUGCUUAGGCCUGAAAGAUCAGCCGUGGCAUGUUGGCGGGAGCUGGACUCCUCGGUGUUGCUGCCAUGGUGAGCAGCUGAAAGCUCAAGGCACACGUUGGGUUUGUGUCAACUCGCUCACCACUCGUAGCCAUGGAGCCAAUCGCCUUGACAUGGGAAAUCAUGUUCUUGGUGUGCCUGGCCCUUUGAAGAGGGUCGUCCUUCCAGGGUGUGGAUGUCACGGGCCCUACCCUCCGUGGCUGGGGACCAGCAUCGAUGGCAUCUGACCCGCUCAGAUCCUUCCCCCUUGCGUCCGUUUGGGGCAGCUCUGUGCGGUGUCUCACGUGCUCUUGUCUCUUCACAGCUGCCCAGUCCCAGCCCACGACCACACCAGAUUGGUGGUAUACAAGUCCUUCCUACGGGAACGAAACAGGUUUGUCCCUGAGGCUGGUGAAUGGAGGUGCCCAGUGUCAGGGCCGCGUGGAGGUCCUGUACCAAGGCUCCUGGGGCACCGUGUGUGACGACGACUGGGACACCAAUGACGCUGACGUGGUGUGCAGGCAGCUGGGCUGUGGCUGGGCCAUGUCAGCCCCGGGAAGUGCCCGCUUUGGCGAGGGCUCAGGGCCCAUUGUCCUGGACAACGUGCGCUGCUCCGGGCAAGAGUCCUACCUGUGGCGCUGCCCCCACAACGGCUGGAACUCGCACAACUGUCGCCAUGGGGAGGAUGCCAGUGUCAUCUGUUCAGGGAGUGACGCAGGUUUGGCCUUGAGGCUGGUGAAUGGAGGUGACCGGUGUCAGGGCCGCGUGGAGGUCCUGUACCGAGGCUCCUGGGGCACCGUGUGUGACGACGACUGGGACACCAAUGACGCCAACGUGGUGUGCAGGCAACUGGGCUGUGGCUGGGCCGUGUCGGCCCCGGGAAGUGCCCGCUUUGGUCAGGGCUCAGGGCCCAUUGUCCUGGACAACGUGCGCUGCUCCGGGCAUGAGUCCGACCUGUGGCGCUGCCCCCACAACGGCUGGAACUCGCACAACUGUGGCCAUAGUGAGGACGCCAGUGUCAUCUGCUCAGCUGCCCAGUCUCAGCCGACGACCACACCAGAUUGGUGGUAUACAAGUCCUUCCUACAGGAACGAAACAGGUUUGUCCCUGAGGCUGGUGAAUGGAGGUGCCCAGUGUCAGGGCCGCGUGGAGGUCCUGUACCAAGGCUCCUGGGGCACCGUGUGUGACGACGACUGGGACACCAAUGACGCUGACGUGGUGUGCAGGCAGCUGGGCUGUGGCCGCGCCAUGUCGGCCCCGGGAAGUGCCCGCUUUGGCGAGGGCUCAGGGCCCAUUGUCCUGGACAACGUGCGCUGCUCCGGGCAAGAGUCCUACCUGUGGCGCUGCCCCCACAACGGCUGGAACUCGCACAACUGUCGCCAUGGGGAGGACGCCAGUGUCAUCUGCUCAGGGAAUGAGGCAGGUUUGUCCCUGAGGCUGGUGAAUGGAGGUGACCGGUGUCAGGGCCGCGUGGAAGUCCUGUACCAAGGCUCCUGGGGCACCGUGUGUGACGACGACUGGGACAUCAAUGACGCCAACGUGGUGUGCAGGCAGCUGGGCUGUGGCUGGGCCGUGUCGGCCCCGGGAAGUGCCCGCUUUGGUCAGGGCUCAGGGUCCAUUGUCCUGGACGACGUGCGCUGCUCCGGGCAAGAGUCCUACCUGUGGCGCUGCCCCCACAGCGGAUGGACCUUACACAACUGUGGUCAUGGGGAGGACGCCAGUGUCAUCUGUUCAGGUGAGCCUCUUGUCGUUGGGAGUUUCUCUUGCUGUUGGGUACGGAAGAGAGACGUCAUGUUCUGAUCAGAUCGUUGGAAG